AUGAAGCCACCGCCGCGGCAGCGAGUGGCCCCGGCCCGCUACCUGGGUACGGUGACCGGCCCCGCGGCCUGGAGCGUCCGCGAGAAGCGGCAGCUAUUGCGACUACUGCAGGCGCGGCGAGGCCAGCCGGAACCGGACGCCGCGGAGCUGGCUCGGGGGCUACCAGGCCGUAGCAAGGACGAGGUCCAGCACUUCCUCAAGCAGCUGAAGGGCCGUGUGACCCGGGAGGCCAUUCAGAAGUUACAUCCAGGUGGCCCACUGAGUCGACGGCGCCAGCCCCCGGCCCCUAUAGAGGUGUGGACCGAGCUAGCCGAAAAGCUGACGGGCCCGCUAGAGGAAGGCUUGGCGGCUGCCUUCUCCCAGGUGCUCACCAUUGCCGCCACCGAGCCCCUCAGCCUCCUACACUCCCAGCCACCGAAGCCCACCCAGGCCCGUGGAAAGCUGCUCCUCAACACCCCCAGAGGGCAAGAGGUGUCCAGUGCUGGGCCCCCUGCUCCCGAGCCCUCAGCUGGCCCGUCCUCCCCUGGAGACUUCACUGUGGACUUUGAGAAGAUCUACAAGUACCUGGCAUCCUUCUCCCGAAGCGGCCCAGGACCCGAGCUGUCUGCAGCUGAGUCCUCUGUGGUACUGGACCUGCUCCUGUCACUGCCUGAGGAGCUGAGCCGCCUGCCCUGCACAGCCCUGGCAGAGCACAUGACUGCUAUGUACCAGCGCCUGAUGGCGCCCCAGCCCAGCCCGGCCGAGGGGAGCCCGGGGCCUGGCACUGAGGACAUGGGCACAGACGGGCAUGAACAGCCCAGCCAGGCUACUCCCCAGGCCCCUGAGAGCGCUGGGACCAGUGAACCAAGGUUGGCGUGGCAAGCAGCUGGGGUCUGCCCCUUGAAUCCCUUCCUGGUACCCCUGGAGCUUCUGGGUCAGGUGGCCACCCCAGCCAGGUGA